CCAUUCGAUGGACGCGUACACGCUGGUCGAGAAGGUCGCCGACGCCAUUUACGGCCAAGUGCUCCUCUGCAAGGAGAAUGCGACCGGGCGCCUCGUUGUGAUCAAGCAAACCAACCUCGCUGCGAUGCGCGCCAAGCGCGCGUGCACGACGCAGCGAAAGGUGGCCGAAGACGGCGAGAUGGAGAAGACCGUGUACACAGCACUCUCGGCGCGGGGCGGCCACACCAACGUCCUCUCGCUCCUCGACUCGUUUGACAACGAGACGCAUUCGCACUUAGUGUUUGACCACUGCAAGUUUGGCGAGCUGUACAACGUGCUCGUCGACGCCCCGGAGAGCCGCUUUGGCCUCCGUGACGCGCAGGCGUAUUUUCGACAAAUCGUGCGCGGCGUGAGCUUCCUCCACGCAUCUGGGUAUGCGCACCGCGAUCUCUCGCUCGAGAACGUUCUGGUGGACGCCAAGAAGCAGUGCCGCGUCAUGGACUUUGGCCUCGCCGUGCCGAUUGCGCCGACGCGGCACGAGUGCGUCGGGAAGCUCUUCUACAUGGCGCCCGAAGUCUACCAAGGCGUCGCGUACCAGCCGCUCCUCGCCGACAUGUGGUCGCUCGGCAUUCUGCUCUACAUCAUGCUCACGGGCGCCCCACCGAUCGAGAGCACAUCGGUCGACGACGAGCGCUACCGCGUGUUGCACACGAGCGGCAUUCGCGCGUUGGUCAAGGUGUGGCAUCUCGGAGGCUACUUCUCGCCCGACGCGUUGGACGUUGUCGAUGGGCUCCUCCAAGUAAACCCCGUGAAGCGCAUGACGACGCACUCGCUCUUGCACCACCCGUUUCUGCAAAAGGAGCUCGACGCCAGAGAACAUACCAAGGCGACGUCCGGGCUCAGCCUCGAAACCCUGCUCGCGAUGCUCAACUUACGCCACCCCGACAUGUACAAGCGAUAAGAUCGCACCUUAUUUAACUCGAUGAGACGAAAUUGCCUAUCAACAAACGCCCUUAUUUACUUUGGCCUCGAGAGCGAGUGGCGUCCGGUACAACUACGUCGCAGAGACGAGGAGACUCGGCCACGG